AUGCUUGCAAGCUUUGAGUUUGAUAAUGACAACGGGCAUGGCUGUUCAUACGCGCAGUCCACGUCUACGCUGAGUGCGUGCUCUUGUGGCUUAGCAAGACUCUUGUUGCAGCCUGCUUCGCGUAAAGUAAAGUGUGGUCAGGGUCCCGUGUUUGGGCCGGGAGACCUUGCGGAGAUUGGCGUGCACCUGGAUCAGCAGGAGCGUGCGUUGGUCCGGACACAAAGCUCGAACAGCCAAGGUGGUGCCGGCCUCGAAGGGCAACCUUACAAUGUUGACAGUUCUGCAGAUGGUGGGAAUUUCAGCAUUCAGGUGUUGACAGUUGCGCUGGAGCGGUUCAAGCUCGACCUGGUGUCUUCCAGGCAUCCUGACGUGAAGGACAAAAUGCAGGAUCCCGACAGCGCCACCGAAGCAUUUCUGUGCCAAUAUCGAGACCACUGGUUUGCCAUUCGGAAGGAAUGUCCGGAAGACGCAGAGCACGUGCCGCCGGCAACGCCAGCAACGCCACCACCGCCGGCAUCGCCAGAACUGCCAACGUCCAUCUCGCUUCGGGUAGCACUGCUGAGUGGCGAAGCCACCAGAGUGACCGUGGAUCCCCACAGCACCAUCCAAGUGCUUCGAUCCAAAGUGCAGAAGGAACUUGGAAUCCAUGAACUUAUCACUGCAGAGGGUCAGCUGCUGAAAGGGACAAGGGCCACCUUGCUGGACAUAGGCUUGCAGGAUGGAGAUACUGUCCAUCACACGUAUUCGGCCUUCGCAGCCAUUCGGAGUGAUGGCAGUGUGGUCACCUGGGGUGACAAGCACGGCGGUGGUGACAGUAGUGCUGUCCAGUCCCAGCUUCGAGAUGACUAUGGAGGCGAUUGCCAGGUGGUGCAGGAGCAGCUCUAUGAUGCUCGAGACAUUCAGGGCUCGAACUCAGCCUUUGCCGUCAUCCGUGGUGAUGGUGGGGUGGUCACCUGGGGUGACAGGCAAGUAGGGGGUGACAGCAGUCUCGUCCAAUCCCAGCUGCACGAUGUCCACUGCACGUCGCUUCGCACCGCCAAGUUCUCCACCCAGGCAAAUGGAGCUGAGUUUCAAAGGCUCCGGGGCCAUAAAGAGUGCGGCUUGGACACAUCGCAGCAAAGAUUAUUCCUGAAAGGCAAGUUGCUGAAGGACGAGGACACCCUCGAGUCAGCCAAGAUUAGCGACAAGUCGACCCUUUUCCUCGUGAAGGGAGCCUCAACUGCUUCUGGUGGUACAGAGGCGAAGGAAGAAAAGAAAGAAGAGGAGCCUUUGGUUCCGGUCCCCUGCCGCGGCGGGUGCGGAUUCUGCGGCACCGCCAAGACCGACAACUACUGUUCAAAGUGCUACGCCGAGCGAAAGAAGAAAGAAGAGGAGGAGGAGGUGAAGGCAAAGAAAGAGAAGGAAGAGGCGGCUAAGGUUGAAGAGAAGAAAGAAAAUCCUGAAGAGGUAGCUGAAGCCGUGCCUCGGGAAGAACAGAAGGACAAGACCAAGUGCUGGCACUGUGGUAAAAAGUGUGGUCUCACCGGCUUCGAGUGCCGCUGUGGCUACACCUUCUGCGGAAAGUGCAGACACGCAGAGGACCACAACUGCGAUUUCGACCACAAGGGCAAGGGUCGAGAAAUCCUCGCCAAGAACAACCCAAAUAUUUCCAUUAAAGGUGGUGCUCCUGCUGUUUGA